AUGUACAAAAUGUACUGUGUAUGUUGGGCAUGUAUGCAUAUAUGUAUGAAUGGAAGAGGCAGGGAUCUGGACAAACAUUCCCGGUUGUCUCAGCUUCCUGAGGUAUGUCCUGUGCAAACACAGCAGGCCCUGCUAUAAGCUCCAUGCCAAGGUUGUGAGGCUCUUUUACUCUUUUUUUUUUAAUGGAAUAUCCCUUACAAACAUAAUCGGCCCCAGUGUUUGCACUAUAGUUUGAAGGGAUAACACACACACAGAAGUUGAAUUGAUGCUCACCUUGUGAGCCACAGUGAAAUUCUUUCACCGCUGAGAGGGUGAAGUCUUUGUGAUCUGUCAAGAAUACUUCUUUAUUGUGUCUGACAUAUUUAGCAGGCUAAUAUAAUUGCCUGGGCAAGGUUGAAAUAGUAGCAGAGUCCGCGGGAGCCCACAGAACAACUCAGGGAAUCCAACUGUGGCUCCUUUUGGAGAGAUAAUGAUGCGCUUCAUGAUUGUUUACAAGGGCCGGAGAAGUGUUUGAGAAAAUCUGCCACAUGGAAGUUGUAAUACCGUGGCGUCAGCACUGUUAUUAUAGUGGGUUUAAAGCAUGGGAGUUGGCUUAAGCGCAAUUAUGGAAAGAGAAAGGAUCUUGAACAAGGUUAGUAAAAACGAAGUACAGGGCUCGGCGAGUGGAGAAUAUCAGAAAGUAAGAAAAAAAAGAAGAAGCUUUUUUUGGGUUGUCAAGCUUUAUACUUUCACAUGGCCAUGAGCAAUGCAGAUGAGUUAAGUGAUGACCUUGCAAAGAAAAGACACAGCAUUCUGGAAAUAAUGACAUAAGGUUAAUGUAGUCAUGCUUUCAGCGACUGUUUUAGGUCUUUUCAAGCUUCAGCAGCCUCCUAUCCCACUGCGAGGGUAGUUAACAGACAGGAAAGGGUAACUUGAGCUGAUCUUUUUAUAGUUUUGUUAAUAACACAGUAGACAGUUAAAAAAAAAUCUCUAGCCUAAAGCAGCACUUACUGGCACAACCCACCAGACCCAAGACAGCAUAUGUUUGUGUAUGCGUGUUUCAUGUGUGUGGGUUGCUGUAUUUCCCUAUGCACAUGUGCUUGUGUAUGAUGUGGAAUUGUAUCCCACACCACAAUGGAUGGUAUCAAUGCAGUGUACAGUGUAAUGUGUACGUAACGGAGAGUAAAAGUUACCCUGAGUGCAGUUCGUAACAUGAACCGGCUUCGCAGAUGCAAUAGAAUCCGCGCUAUGCUAAUGCUAAGUCAUUAACAGAAAAAAGAUUCAUCGGUAUUUUUUAUUCAGUUAUCGUAAAGAUUAAGGUUUUAACUGUUGCUCUCUCCCUGUCCUUUCUCAUUAACCCAAUACUACCAUGGAAACAGCAUAGUGACAAUGACCGACCUAUGUUUGUUCAAUAUGCUUAGGGGCUCAUAUUGUGCCUCAUGAAAAUUGCCUUGCAACAAGUGGUGUCAUUUGACCUGGAAAAGAAAUCGGCCGGACACACAUUGGUGGACAACAAACAGUCAAAUGCAACAUCAUUCUUUUGGUCAAAUGACACACAACUGUGUAUCAUCGAAUUGAAGAUUAAAAACAACUGUUCGUUUGUUUUUAAUUUUGUAUCUAUAUGCUGCAACACUUUUUUAAUGUUUGCCCUGGAUCUCUUCCUUGAAUGAAAAAAUACAAUAAAGUUUUGGGGAAUUUUGUUAUUUUCUGUCAAGUCAAGCCAAGGAACACACUUUUUUGUGUUUUCAUCCAAGGAAUACCAGUGCCUGUUUCUAUUUAACCGGCGCUACAUAAGACGGAGGCCACAUAGGCGUUGUCAGUGUCAUAGGCAGCAACAAAUGUUUGUGUGCCAGCAGUGCAAAGCAAGUGAAACUGAGAGAUGGUCAUGUUUUAUUAAGCCUGAUAAUACCGCCUAAUCUGUGGUUCGGGUUACACAGUGCUUUUGUGGGUAAUUAGAGAUCAUGUCAUUUUCCUGGCCUGCUGAAAAAGUGCACUCCACCCUAAUCCCCAGCCGCCGCCCCAUCUCCGCCUUUUCUCCCUGCACCUCCCUCCCUCACUCGUUCUGUCACUCGCACAAGCCCCUCCUCAUGCUUCCUCGUGAGCUGGUUUCCUGUCAACAAAGCACGUGUACACACGUAAACAAACAUAAUUCAGGUAGUUAAUUCAAUCAUAUACCCUGUAUACCCUUACAGUGUGUUACCGCGCUCAGAAUUCUGUCAAAGGACGUUGGUGGCCAUUGUGCUGUGUGGAAUUUGUCAGAAGAAUGAUUUAGGUCGGGCUGGCAAGUGCGCCAGGUUUACUAUGACCAUUGGCACUUGAUACAGAGCACACAUAGCCUUGGAUUUUAUGUAGACCUGAGAAGUAUACUACGAAGCGAGAUUAAUGGCUUGGCGAGCUGCGUUGAGUCUAAAGCCAGGAUUUUCAGUGUUAUGAAGGUGGCUCCCUUUUAACCUGGCUAGAUUACCAUGGUAAUUUGGUAACAACUCUUAACCUGGUAAAUCAACAGUAUCUUUGAUGGUUGCAGUCAAGUUAAGCAAACAAUGUUGCCUCCGUUGUUUCAAAAUGCAAUCCAUAGAUGAUUAAUCAACAAAAAUCAAUUCUUCUUCCAACCCCUUGUACAAAGUAUACUAAGCCCCCCCUAAAACGUAACUAGGUAUACCGGGUUAAAGCGACGCGUCUGCAGAUUGUUGUGAGUUAUUGAUUUAACAAUGUUUAUUAUUCUGAAUGUCAUUUUCCAUGGUGUGGUGCAGGAUUGCACUGCAUCCUACUACAUUAGUUAACCUUAAUUAGCUACUCGAUGAGGGCAAAUUAUGAAUCAGCUCUCAGUAGAAAGAAGUGCACUAUAUCACUUCAAACUUCAAACACAAUUAAACAUGAUUAGAUUAUUUUCUUGUUUCUUCUAAAUCGUUUGGAUCUGUUUGUUAGAUACUGAUUUGUACAGCAUCAUUUUCUUUUAUGUUAUUGUAGGGCUGCUUUUAUUGAUUAUUUUAAUUUUACUAAUCUGUCUGUUCUUAUCUGCUGAUUAAUCCAUGAAGCUGCUAAAAAAUGUAUUCGUCUGUACGUAUAUUCAAAAACAGGACGUUAUUUUAAAUUUCAAUAAAAAUCAUGUACAACAAUAAAUUCAUUAAAGAUUCAGGUUCUAGUUUCGUCUGUGAGGAAAAAAAGAACAAGGUGAUUCAUGAAUAAUAGAUUAUCAAAAUAUUGCUCAAUUAAUUGAUAAACGAUUAGUUAUCAAUUAUUCAAAUAAUCAUUUCCACUCCUAUGUUAUGCCUCAGCUUCAAAAUGGGGAAAUUAAUGAAAGAUUGUUUCAUCAAAUCAGACAAAACAAAGAAUCCAGAAGGCUUCAUUUAAAAGUGAGACGUUAGGGAAAACUGCAUCGAGUUAUCAACAUAAUGUUUUAUGGCUCCUAUGGAUUUAGUACAUUUGGUUGGCAAUGGUUACCAAAUUAUCAGCUUUAUUCAUGACGUCUUAUCACAUCCACUCACACUGUUCAUAUUGCACCACACGAAACUUUAUUAACCUCCUCAAUUGUUCUAUAGGCACCAGAGGAAAUCUCGUAAAUUAUUAUUUUAUUAAACACAUAUUGUAUUAAAAUGCUAAUUAUUUGUAUAUAGAUUUGUCUCGUAUUAUCACCCUUAGUAAUACAUAAAGGAAUAUAAAAUACCCAACCCAAUAUACUGUAUCCUACCGUAGCUAUGUCUUGACUGAGUCUCAUUACGCUUAACGGCAACAUAGUAUCUGUCAUGGAGAUAAUGAAUGGAACUUGAUUUUGACAAGGAAAUUCCAAAUGAUGGAAUAUUGGUUCUCUUUUUGGGGUGCAUGGCUGUUUAGAACGAACUAAGCAAGAAAACAGUAGCUAAGGGGAUUUCUAAUUCCCUCUCAUGGUCGAUUCUCCUUAUUUGAUUGGUCCUCUUUUUGCGCAUUCAGAAACACAAAUCGUACACUUGAACCUACUAAUAGUUUUCAUUUGAAAUAAGCACGUGUGUCUGGCUUUAAAUGACUUGAACAUAUAUUUUCAUAUUAGGGUGACAGAAAUUAGCACAUGAUUCUGUUAUUUACCUUUGUCUGACUGUAAUGUCAUAGGCAGUAUUAUGCUGCAAUUUCUUUUGCAAUUAAUUCAUAUCAAUGAAAGCUUGUGUUCAAAUCCACACAUCUUUUUGGACCAGUGCAUGAGGUGCAAUAGCGGCAUGAGGAAGCUAAGAGAAUAAUGAUAAUCUCAAAUUGCCCAAUUAGAGUGUUAAAUUUUGAACCCGACAGGACCCUCCCUGCACACGCACUCAUACACAUACACGUAUGAAGCAUAUAACUUCCAGGCAUUUCAUUUCCUCUCCUACUAUGACAACAUCACAAUAUAAUAGGACAUGGUGUCACGUGACACCAGCAACAUGGAACAAUGAAAUCACUCUCUGUGCAUCUCUGUUUUGAAGGGCAAACUGGGUAGUCAUAGUUACAUAAACUAAAAUUGCGUCAAAUAUCCCCCCCAAAUGUACUUUGUGUCCUUGAAACGAAUAGAUGAGUUUGUUAUUUGUCUUCUGCCGAGAUUUUUUUGAUAGCAUUGAUAGCUCUUUUUUUGUCCAUGAUUGCAUAUACGUAAUGCUGAGUCUGAUAAGACGGGAGUUUUUGAAAAUGAGGAUUUUAUUUAAAAUUCAUGAAAGCAUUAUUUAAACUUGACUGUCAGUGUUAAUUCAAUGUGGCUACAGAUAGCAUGUCAGGCUGACAUUAGGGAUCAAGUUUGGACUCACUAUUUGACCUUUCAUUAGUUUGUCAUCGUUUGGGUUAUAUUAUCAGCACUCUUGUCCGACAAUAAGGGACUGGAUGAAAGUUGUGUCUGCCAAUCAGAUCAGCAAGUCAUUGAGUUCAUGAGAGCAGCCAUUGGCUUUUGUUAAAGUCAGCUGCUAGAAGACUAUUGUAGAACCUCCCUUUUUAUCAGAAGUAUUGUCUACUUCUGAUAAAACAGUUUCUGUGGCAACAUCCAUUAAUUUAUGGCGAGUGGCUACCUUUCCCUACAAGCUACUAAUUUUCUAUUUGUUUGGCUCUUUAUUAAAAAUGAGUUUUUAUAAACAUGUAGGCUUUGUGUUUAUAUUAUAGUGAUGAUGGCUUUUGCGUCCAUAACAAACAUUUGUGGGAUGGACUCUUUUGGUUCAACAAGUACAAUAAGUUAGUUAAUAAUAUUUCUAAAGGUUACUCUUUCACCUUUGACCCAUGUUUAGUUCGCUUCCUUUUUUUGUAUAGUCACCGUGUGCUCCUCCGUGGCGCACUUUCCAGAUGAGCCUGUAAUUAAGUCGUUUCGGCGCCUUGAGAAGCACUCUGUCGUGCGCCGAGCUGAGACCAAUCUGCCACUAAUUGUCUCUAGUUUUAAUUUCUAAUGGAAUUAGGGCCGUAGGGAACGCAGCGUAAUGAGAUGCACUUACUGAGAAUGCGUGCACUCUGUUAUCUGUUUACUGUAACUGAUUUAGCCCCAGUGGAUAGGGAAACAAGAGUGAGUAGAGCAAGAUGUUCCAUACUGAUCUUUUAAACUUGUUUCUGUUUAUUUCACAAAGCCCUCAGAGGAUGCCUGCACCUCUCCAAACUGCAUAUUCACACACGAUGGAUGAUAAAUGUGCCAUCAAAUGCCUCAGCUGUAUAGUGACAAUGGAUUUGGAUUAAGAUUAAAUGGAGGAAUAGCCUCUCUUACAAAGUGUGUGACAACGGGAAUCCUUUCCGACGGCUUUUGGCCUUGGCGUCAAAGUUAGUGCUCGGUAAGCGUGGUUAGGGGCUGGCAAUGGGAUGGCUGUUUACAUAGCCUUGGGAGUGUUUGUGUCUUGAUUUCGAGUCCAGACAUUUCAACAUCCAAAUAAAUCACCUUAGACUUGUAAACAGACAAGUAAACCUCUAACAGAAGAGAUGCACCAGCUGUGCUUAUGUUUGAAUUCUAUUUGUCAGUGUUAAAGUUGAGCUUUUUUAGAAAUUGUUAUUCCGGGUUAAACAAGUCAAAGGUCAUUAUGCACAUUUGAAUGGAGUGGAUUUUUGAGGAACGUUUUGCAACACUUGUUUCAAAAGAGGACCAGCCUCAACAAGAGGCGUUAAAAACACAGGAACAUUUGGCAUUGAAAGAUUUAGAGAAUAACAAGUUCUUAGAAAUAUUACAAAGUAGUAGAACUCUAGUGGUCAAAUGAUAAUGUGGCUUGUGUUUACUUAAUUUAUUUCUACACUCGUAAGAUUUGUUUUUAAUGAGCUGCAUGAGCAAAUCCUGUUUGCAUUCCGUGCACAGCGCAAGUAAGUUAUAGCGCAAAACGCAGUCAGGUUUUUUCCCGGCCUUUUUGUAAACUUAUACAGGUAGAAGAGAGUGUUUGUGCCAUUGUGCUCGUUAUGGGACACAGCCAACUCCCAGCCAAUCAAAGCGAUUCACCCCUUUCCCUCAGCGUAGAGAUGGUUGUGUGCGUGACAAGGCAUGUAGAAGCAGGGAAUUGACACGUGCAAAAUACAUUCAUAAGCAACUGCAAGAGGAGCUCCACUUGCGGAUGAUGUAAAGUUGGCCGCUGUGGAUGGGUACUUGGAGAUCACCUUCUACCCACGAUCGUGUGUCCGUGUGUGGAAAAUGAAUAAAAUACAAGGACGUUCACCUGCCUGGACCUUGUUAAAGCCACCAAAAUCGUUUUACAUCUCCUGUGCCACAAGUUAGACCUGCUUUUAGGUGGUCUAAAAUGUAGUCUAGUCUUUGGUCACCAAAUAGCCAGAUGUGGCCGGGGCGUGCAAUAGAAUAUGCUGUCUACCAAAUUUGCAAACAUGUUAAACCACUCUUGCUCCUGCACGAAAAUAAAGAUACGGUAAAGAUGCGUUAUGCUGAGCGCACAGGAACUUGUCUAUGAAAAUAGGACAACAGUGUUUUUUAAUUGUUAUUGUUUUUACAUUUUCAUAGUAGCAAUGGUUAACAUAUGUUUACAGUUUAGUUUAGUCACUCUUACUUAAAAUGAUCUUGAAUUUGCAAGUUCAAGUGUGGUGAAAAUAUUGAUGAUUCAUGUACCUUUUAUCUCCUUUGCAUCUGUUAUGUGUGCUUUUAUCACCUUUACACAGUCCUGUCCCCUUUAGAUCUGUUUAUAUUAAUGACUCGCAUACAGACACAAGUGAUUUACAAGCACCAAAAGUAGAAAACAAAAAUCUGCCCAAAGACAAAUGACUGUAUGAAUCUUUCAAACACUUUAGUGACUUCACUGUAAUUUUUCUACCUUAUCGCUUCUGAGUGCAGUUUGCUUUUGCGACUGGCUCAAGGCCCUUCCUCUUAUUGUUUCAAUAUGUCAGAGCAUUGUUUGAAUGAGGUCACCCAUUACCGAUCUGGCCCGAGGCCAGCUUGACUUCAGCUGAUUUAAUUGAAUCUCCAACAUGAGUCAAACUCAAACAAGCAGAGACUGCCUAGCCAUGACAGUCUCAUUACUCCACAUUAAGAACUCAUUUCACAAUGCAUUGUGACUCUGGCCAUGACAAAUGGUGAAAGGAGAUGAAAUCAAAUAAGCCCGGUACAGUGUGGGUGAGCGAGGGGUCAGGCUCCACUCUGCCCCCCCUCCAGGCAUCAGUCCAGCUAGGAAAAGACUGCCCACUGCUGUGUUUGAUGGUGACAACAUGUACAUGAAUGACAAUAACCAAGAGUUUCGGUCACCAAACCAGAGCUAUUCCAGUCAGGGCAGAGGCAGCAAUGGUGGUGGAGGAGGAGCAGGCGAUGAGGACUACGAGAUCCCCCCAAUCACGCCCCCCAAUCACGCUGACCCUUCUCUGCUGCACCUCAUGGAGCAUGAGUCAGGGUACCCCUUUCACUCCUUGCCUCACAAUGGCCUGCUCAACACCUACUCCUACCCCGAGCUGCCCGCCCUUAUGAUGUCCAACAUGCUGGGUCAGGAAACCCACAUCCUCUCGGGGCCUAUGCACUCAAUAAGCAACGACAAGCGGUCCUCGGCAGAAAUGAUGAAGCCCAAACCCAAACCGCAAAAGAAGAAGAAGAAGAAAGAUCCCAACGAGCCGCAGAAACCAGUGUCGGCCUACGCGCUCUUCUUUCGAGAUACCCAGGCAGCCAUUAAGGGUCAGAACCCCAACGCCACCUUUGGAGACGUCUCCAAGAUUGUGGCCUCCAUGUGGGACAGCCUAGGAGAAGAACAGAAGCAGGGUUACAAGAGAAAAACUGAGGCGGCAAAGAAGGAGUACCUGAAAGCCUUGGCGGCGUACAGAGCCAGUCUGGUUUCCAAGACAUAUAAUGAUCCAGAGCCAAAAAGUGCCCAGCAGACAAGCCAGCCCUCCCACCUGCUGCCCCCAAAGCAGCCCCUGUAUAGUCCUCAGCCCUCGUCACCCUACCUGGGCCCAUCGGGCUCCUUCCCCCUGUCGGACCUCCAGAGCUACGCGGGGCCGCCGCGCCACAGCCUGGCCUCCACUCUCAGCCAAUCGCAGAUGCUGCCACCCAGCAUGAGUGCCUCGCCACCUGCUCCCUUCCAAAUCAGCCCUCCCUUGCAUCCCCAUGCCCAGCUCUCCCUGCACCAGAGCUCCCUGCUCAACCAGCCAAUCCGCAUGCAGCAGUCACAGCCAAUCAUCUCACACCAAAUGGGACUCCAGGCCCCUUUGCAUUCCCCACCUCUCAGCCAACAGGGGUUUUCCCAUAUUCAGGCUGAGUACCAGAACAGUGUGGGUGGCUCACAGUCUCCAGGGGCCCCGAACCCAGUGCAUGGCCAGAACCCAGACUGGGAUAGUGAAUACUGCAACAGGGAUUGUGGACCCAACCCCUGCAGCAGUGGCAUGGGAGCUCGGGACAAGCCUCUCUACCUCACUUGAAGUUGAAAGACCUCCACACGUGUGACUCCAGGGAGAUUUCCAACCUAAAAUCAUCAAUAUAUCUGCUUCGACACCGUUUUGCUUUUUUCUUCUUCUUCGUCUUCUACCGGAUUUUAGAAAUCCCAAAGACUGCUCCAGCAUCUUCACCUAUUCGCCAAGCACUUAGAUCAGCCACAUGCCCGAGGCACUUUUUUCUCUCGCACUCUGUCUCUCUCUUUCUCUCUCACUCUCUUGCUCUCUCUCAUCAGUGAACUUUUCUUUUUUUUUUUUUUUUUUGCGGGGGCAGUGAGCUAUGAGCUUCUGCCAGCAUACUGGAGAGAAAGACAAAACAAAUCUCAUUUUGUUUUGAAUUUUCUAGAGAUGCUCUCCCUUUGCCUCCUCAUCGGUGGAGUUGACAUGCUCAAAGCAUCCUCAAAGAGUAAGGCUCUCCAAAUUAGUCGCCUCAACAGGGGGUGCAUGUACUUCAGGACAUUUUCAAGCUGGUCGCAAACACAAGACGUUUGCAAAACCCAUCUUUGCUCCUAAUGAAGGACUCUCUAAUUUCCUUAUUUCUCACAGAGAUUGUAAAUACCACCAAAAAACAGAUCCUUCUUAUGUGUGUAUUUUCAGCAGCAGCCCCUUGCUGUCUUGAGUUUCUUUUCAUUGAAUUAUGUGGUGAGGGAAUACACACACUAAAAAAAACGUGUUACAAGCAAGAGAGGAGGAGGAGGAGACCCAAAAAAAAAACCAAUCGCCAUCUCCCUGAAGAUCGUAGGUAGCGUCGACUCUCGUCACGCGACCUCAGGAUGUUGCCGAAAUACAGAGGUGGAAGAUUUUAAACCCUUUUGAUCCUCCUCCACCUUCCUUUUUUCCCAACACCACUUGUACAGGUGAAUUAAACAAAAAAAGAAGCUAAAUGUGAAAUGUUAACUAAAGAAAACAAACAGUGGGGUUUUGAAGUUUUGACUAGUUUUAUUAGGUGUUUUAGAAUUGUGUUCAACUCAUCUUUAUUAUCUUUUGUGAAGAAUUUUAAAUAAGAUUUUUUGGUUUUCACUGUAGCAGGAUUUAAGAGGAACGGACAUCGGGGUAUAUAAUUCAAUUUUUUGUAUAAAGCCUGCCAAAUGUACUUCUUUGUCACCCCAGAGACCCAUUUUGUUUUGAUGAAUAUUGGUUUUACAAAAAAGCUCAUUAUAUAUCAUUUAGUUAGAAGGUUUCACAUUGGUUUAUGAAUAAUAAAGAAGUAACAUGCUGGCUUUUUUCAUCAGGGUGUAUCAUUAUUAUUUUUAUUAUUAUUAUUUUCAUCACUAUAUUAUAAACGUGUUAGGUUUAUAAUAAAUAUAAAUAAGUAACAUGCUAGCUUUUUUCAUCCGGGUGCAUUAUUAUUAUUAUUAUUACUACUAGUAUUGUAAUCAUCAUUAUAUCAUAACACGGGUUUUAAAGUUAUUUUCAGAAAUUGUUGGUACAAUACCACUGGACCAGCAUUGGGUUCAUUUUAUGUCACAGAUAUUCCUUUGUUUUCUUUUUUGUCUGUAAUAAAAUGUCUAAAGUAUUUGGGGCAACUCUGUUGGUGUCUUUGCAUCCCAACAUAUACAUUUCAAAAAUUAGUGUACACAGCAACAGUUAGACUAUGACCAUUUUCUCAGUUGCUAUGGUGCAUUUCUUGAAAGAUUCUCAAAAUUUGCUCAGCAGUAAAUGCAGUUCUUAAAACAAUUUGUACAACUAACAAAAUCUCACAGAUCCCAUGGAUCCCUUGCAAAUGUUUCUUUCUUUCUCAUAUUACUAAAUUCAUCUCUCAAAACCAAACAUCUGUGUCAUUGAACAUGUCAGUAAGUCUUUGUGUUACUGUUUAGGGAUGAGGCUGUCAAGUAGCUUAGUCAUGCUGUCAAUAUUACAGUGAGUUUUGCUUGGAUGUUCUGAUGUAAAAGUGUGGCUUAAGAUGACUAUUUUUCUGAAUUGUAACUUACAUCUUCGUGUAUGCGGAAGAUUGCAAGAGUGGUCAGGAUUCACACUGAUACUUUUAGUUUGUCCUUCAAUUUGAUGACAAACCAUCUCAUAGUGAGGAAAUGACAGCACUAAGUAAAAAACAAAAAGUACAAGUAAAAAAUAAAAAGCAAAAGUACAAACAUGAACAUAGCGCUGUCUACCUGGGGGAAAUUGUAUGUUUGUUUGGUUUAAGAUGUUAUCUAACCAAUAUGACAUAAGCAAUUGAUAAUGUCAGAGACUCAAGACAGUUGUACACAAUAAUAUCUGUAAAACCAUUUGCAUUUUGUUCAGAUAAAUGAGAUAUUUAUUUUUCAAGUGGACAAAUGACACUAUGACAUGAAAAUUGAACAAGUUAUUUUGACAAUCUCAAUUCUGAUCAAGAAAUGUACCAAAGCGACUGAAGGAAAUUGUUAGUCGAUUCUUACUGGCGUGGAUGUGUGAAUGUUUUGUCCCAUGGAUUGUUAGCUAUAGUAAGAUGGUGUAGCAUUUUUGAUGCAGUUUUGCUUCCAACCCAUCAGAAAUAAUCAAUAUCAUACCAAACAACAUUUCUCUGCCCACUGGUCAUUUUUGUUUUUGAUUAAAGUGAGAUGAUGAAACUCGUAGUUAAUGCAGCCUUUCACAGAACCACCUGAGGAGAAAAACAUAAAACACUCACACACACAUUGCCUUUUACUUUUGAAUUUCACAGUUGGAUUAAAAAUCGAAUAGAAAUGUAAUCUCUCUCGCUUGCUCACUCUCGUUCUCCCUCUCUGUUGAUGAUGGACAGGCAGUGCCCCCUACAGUUGAUUUGAAAAUAGCAAAUAAAUAAAUAAUGUUUGAGAAAAUCAAGACAAAAAUGUAAAUUGUAAUCGUAUAAGUAGAUGUAAUGCAUUAUUUUUAUAUUCCAUUAUUUUUUUCACUUCUCUCGUAAAUCAUUUGCAACAGUUUUUCACGGGUUAGAAAAAAGUAUCGCAAAUAUACUUAAAAGGGAUAUUCAUGAUUACAACUACUUUUCAUUUUUUUAUGGAUGAAGUCGAAUGUGCUUUAAUGGCCAAAAAACAAAAUGAGAAGGAUAAAAAUGUUUAUAUAGCGCACAGCACAUAGUGAAAUGACUGCACAAGGACAGCAAAAUUGUCACGUUCUUCUAUCGCCAUCUACUGGUAAAAUAGUGCGUAGCAUGAAACGAACAUUUAAUUGGCCUGAAAGUGUUUGUGCCGUGAAAAAAAAGAGUUUCCUUUAAAACCCAUAUCGCCAUCUGCCGGUAAACCAAUGCGUGGCGUAUAAGGAAUGGCUGGAUUUAGUUUAGAAUGCUUUGGCACGACCUGCUGGUGAAAUGGAGGCCAAACAAUAGAUACACGCUGGACUGGUUGCCAUUCACGCUCACCCAAAUAACGUCCGGUGGAGAACAUGACUGGUGACGCACUGACUCCUCUGGAGUCGGAGAAACUUAGUCUAUCUCAAUUUUGACCUAUAAAAAAGAUACAUUUCUUUGAAGCACUAUAAUUUAAUUCCCUUUGGACCAAACAAAAUGAAUAAAAUAGUUGUUUCAAAAUAAAAAUAGGUGCAAAUGUAUUAA